UGGAUUGCAACAGAGGAGCAGGGCGCAUGCAGACACACCAUCAGGCGGUGCAUUCUUAGCCGGGGACUAGUUUCCAGUCCUGCACUUGGGUCUGAGUAAACAGCACCGCCCCGAUGGUUGUUUGUUUUAAGUGUGGAGCGAUCCAUCGCAGCGCGCCGGGCUCGAUUGACACUGUCUGCUGAUCUGCUGCUGCGGAUUGCUCAGAAUAACAAGGGCUGCUCGCUAAUUCCCGUCCACCGGGGCUUUCGCCGAAACACCGAGAGAGUCGGGUCCUCCAAAAAAAAAAAGAAAAAGAAAAAGAAGAGCCAACAAGGCAGAGGCAAGAGACCGCCGCGCCGCCGGAGUCCGCACCCCAGAAUGGCUUCGGGAGACCUUUACGAGGUGGAGCGGAUUGUGGACAAAAGGCGGAACAAGAAGGGUAAGUGGGAGUACCUGAUCAGGUGGAAAGGUUAUGGAAGUAAGGAGGACACAUGGGAGCCCGAGCACCACUUACUGCACUGCGAGGAAUUCAUUGACCAGUUCAACAGCUUGAGACUGCACUCACACAGACGACCCAAAGCUCCAAAAAGUCGUGGAGAGCCCCUCAUCACCAGCCACCCAUCUGCUCCAGAAAACAGAGCUCGGUCAGACGCUCGAAAAAAGAAAAGGACUGGUGGCCCAGCUGUGGGGGUCGGAGUAGGACCCGUUCUAGGGAUUGGAAGUGGAGGGUCAGGGCCUUCUCUGAAGCAAAGGAAGAUGAGUGUAGGACCUGGGAAACAUACUUUAGGUGACAGAAUGAGCAAAGCCAUGACCUACAAGGCUCCUCUACCAAGGGGGGCUCACUUUGUUCCCCCAGUGAGGGUUCCUCAUAAUGGACUCCAGAAUGGAGACUUGGAGCCUCUAGUGUACAGGACAGCAGCAAGGUCACAUAGACCCACAGACAAAGUGGAUGGAGAACAAGGAGACACGGAUACCACUGGACAGCAGUACACCACUGAACUAGGCUGCCCUCUUGCCAACGGAAAGAUGCAUCUGCACAGCUCAGUAAAGCGGAAGCUGGCUGACGAGAAAGGCUACGUGUUCGACAAGCGGCUCAGGUACAACGUGCGACAGAACGAGAGCAACUGUCGCUUCCGAGACAUCGUGGUCAGGAAGGAGGAGGGGUUCACGCAUGUCCUGCUCUCCAGCCAGACGACGGACAACAACGCCCUGACGCCAGAGAUCAUGAAGGAAGUGUGUCGAGCUCUGGGUAAUGCAGCCGCGGACGACAGUAAGUUAUUACUGCUCAGCUCCGUGGGAACAGUUUUCUGCAGUGGUCUGGAGCUGUCCUACCUGAUAGGGCGUCUGUCCACUGACCGCAGGAAAGAGAGCAGCCGUAUUGCAGAUGCUGUGCGGGACUUUGUGUUGGCAUUCCUCCAUUUCAAGAAGCCCAUUGUGGUGGCUAUAAACGGGCCGGCUCUCGGCUUAGGAGCUUCCAUCCUGCCACUGUGUGAUGUGGUGUGGGCCAGUGAGAGGGCCUGGUUCCAAACUCCAUGUGCAGCGCUCCAUCUCACCCCCUCUGGAUGCUCCUCUUACACCUUCCCCCAGAUCCUGGGUGUAGCUCUGGCCAACGAGAUGCUGUUCUGUGGAAGAAAGCUCACAGCACAAGAAGCGUGCAGUCGAGGUCUCGUGUCACAGGUCUUUUGGCCAACCACAUUUAACCAAGAGGUGAUGCUGCGUGUGAAGGAAAUGGCGUCAUGCAAUGCAGUGGUUUUAGAAGAGUCCAAAUGCCUGAUGAGGAGUAUCCUCAUGUCGCUCCUGGAGGAAGUGAAUGAGAAAGAGUGUCAGAUGCUGAAGCAGCUGUGGUGUUCAACCAAAGGACUCGAGGCCCUCUUCAGCUAUCUGCAGAACAAGGCGUAUGAGAAGUAAUCAUCCCCACCCAGGAAACCAGAGAUGGUCAGGGCGACGCUAACUACAGAGGGACAUUCAGGAUGAGAUCUCAAACUGAAGGAUACGUUUUGUGAAGGUCCUUCGUUUCCAUCCGUCAGCAGAGGCAAUACACUGGAGUUCUGUUUGCUUGCAUUGCAACCAACAAAAAGAAAAAUCUUCAUCCAACCUUUUUAUUGGACCCACAACCGUCCAGAUGUUUCUCCUUUUUUUUUAAAUAGUCAAAGAGCAAAGGGCCAAACGUGCUUAGCUGAAAUGUAGGGAGGAGUGUUUCUGCACCUAUACGAGACUUAAUCGUCAGGAUGUACGAAAUCAGUGUACGUCUGAAAGCACAUGAUUAAUGUAAUGUUAAUAUAUAUUAAUAUAUAUUUAUUUCAGAUAGAACAGUUGCUUUCUGUAUAUAAGAUACAGGUUUCAGGAUUUUCUUUUACUCGGUUAUUGUUUUGACUUGAAGUGUAAAAACCAAAGUUGGCAUGAGGACAGUUUCUUGCUCCUUAACAUUCACAUUCCAUCCGCUCUGCAUGGACGAAGAAAACGGCUAGAAAACUCAUACAUACUCAUUUCAGAUUCACAGACCACUUAAAGAAAGUUGACGUUUAUUCUUUUUGAUAGAUGAUACUUGCACCCAGCUGUCUAGAGCCAUCAAUGCUAUUUGUACCCAGUUUUAGACUGAACGUGACCACUUCAAGAAGAAGUGCUUCAGCAGUGGUGAGAAGUUUCUGGCAAAGAGGCUUUCUGACACGUGGUUAACGUUAACCCUAAAAAUUUUUAUAUAAUUGAAAAUAAUCAUGCCUGCUGCUCACUCAAUUCUUAACUGAUUUUAAAAACGUGGAAGAACACAGACAUAACAACAGAUGUAACCUAUUUUUUAAAUAUUUCAAUCAUGUGAACGCACACACUAGACAAGACCAAUCGAGACACAGGACCUCAAAAAAUGAUCUCCGAGUGGAAAUCACAGAGACUACGUGAUGGAACGUGACUUCAGAAUAAAAACAAACAUUCCGACUGUCCACCUGGUACGGAAAACUUAUUUAUGCUGUUGGCAGCCAUUUUUUUCUGAUCUAAACACAAGCACGCAUCAUCUGGCCAGCUCACUCUGAUUGGCUAUUGCUGGUUUCUGCUCACUCGCCCAAUCGCUCUUUCUUUCAUACUACACGAGUAUCAAACAUGAUUUUAUUGGAGGUUCUGAUUCAGUCAUUGACAUUAAGAUUAUGUCUGUAAAGCAGUCCCACUACAGGAUCAGAUCAGCCUCCAAUCAACAAUGCCCCUGCGAUAGUCAAGAGGGCUCAGACCCAAAAUCAGGUUGAUAUUCCUCUAGUGUGCAACGGGCACAAGUCAACUAAGUAUGAAAAUAAGUCAAUAUCAACUUUUGAGUCCACACAGAAGACUUGGGGUGAAAGUCCUCCUGAGUGAAAGUCCUCCAUCAUGGCCUUCUCCGCUUAGACAUGUUCACAACAACACAGAAAUCUCUAGAGGAUUCAGGUGAGUGGUGGUGCAGCAGACAGAGGCAGGAUGUAACACAUGGCACGUGUUUGUGUUUACAGAACAUCAACACUGGCAUCGGCCCUUAAUCUCUCUUGACAUCUUAGUGGUUUUUUUCUACAUGUAUACCACUGCUUUUUUUCAUCUGGAGAUAUUUAAUUUCGGUUCUUUUUUUUUUCAUUUUUGUGUCUGUCACGUGUUCAUCUACACCCUCACACAUAGGCUCCUUUUUUACAAGGGGGCCGGCCAGAGAAACUCCUGAGAGAGUCCGGAGCCUCUCACUCGUCCUCCGGAGGUUCUGCAGAGUUCAGUGCAUGUCUGAAAGCAGCUAUACUAGUGGAGAUAUCAACGUUUAUCUGUCCGAUGUUAUUUUCACCUACAAUGAAAUAUAUUCUAUAUAUAUGGGUUUAAUAUAACUUAUUUAUACAAAUAAAAUCUCAUUGAGGUCAGGAUUUCCUUAAAGAGAAAUGCUUCUUUUUUUUUUUUGUUCAAGUCAGGGAAACGAGGAAUUGGAGAACACUGGACGUCUCAUGUAGAUGCUACAACUGCAUGUACAAAAUGUCCGCUUUUAUUUGGCAUUUGGGUUUGAGUAUGAAAUCACUUGAGAUGAUUAAAUAAUUUAGUGGCACAUUUCACAUGGAAGGAUUAGCAAUGAGUUGUAUCGCAUUUGUUUGAGCUCUAUAUAGUAGCCUCGCAUGUGGAACUGUGGUGGUUCACACACACAACAUGGCUUCCAGUUAUCAAUGCAGAUGGUGAUGGUGUGAAGUUCUUUUUGAAGAGAUGCUUCUCGCUCUGUGGUCUCGUGCUCACAUCAUGAUUACACUAAUCGUCAGUGAUCAAUAUUGUGACAAUGCAACAGUUGUGUACCUGGAGUCAACUUUGUCCUUGUAUCUGCAUGUGAUGAGUUGAGAUUUGAAUCAAUUUUAUAUUUUAAUGUAAACUAUAGGUAGGAUCUAUUUUUGUUCCCCCCCCCCCGAAAAAGAUGUUGGUCUGUGAAAUGUUUUGUAAAAAUCUGAAGAUAUUUGUCAAUUUUUGCAGUUGUACACAUGCAGUACAGAAGAAUAUAGAGAUAAUAUGUUGACUGUUAUGUGGAACACAUUGCAUGUAAUAUACUGUACAUAUACGAAUGUGUCGCCUGUGUGGAUGCCUUGUGUGUCAGGGUAUGUUUUGUACCAGCAUUGUAAGUAUUGUUAGAAAUGUUGCAGUUUAUUUUUGUAUUUAUUUGAGAUAAGUGUGGAUGUGCAGUGCCAUGUGGUUUCCUUUGCUCCGGAGGCACCCCCCCGAAUCACGCUCAUCUAAACUAUUGCAUAAACACUCUGAUGAAAUAAUGGGUCAGGAAAAUAAUUUAUACAUAUUUUAUUUCAAAGCCAAACACUGUUGUCACUUGAAUGUUAUAAUUUUCAUUUGACAUUAAAUAUUUUUCUGUAAAUUACUAUAGUCAGAUAAUGUUAUAUUUGAUAUUGUGCUUUACUGAGCUUCUGUAAGUAUAAAGGAUUGUUUCAAGCAUAAAAUGCUCCACGAGGUUGUUCAAUAAUUUUCAGCUUAUUGAUUACAGAUGAUAAUUAAGUUUAGUUUUUAAUUUAUUAAAUAACCAAAAUAUAUCUUUAUCCUUUUAUACUAACUUGCCGGAUACAUAAUCACCUUCACUGAUUCAGCUCAUACAAUCAAAACAGUCUCAGGAGCAACUUUGCCGGUUUUUGACCAGAUUUGUCGUUCUUCUGUAAUAAUCAAUUAAAUUGGUUGGGAUUUAGUGAUCCCCCCCCCCCCUACAUUCUCAUCCUCAGCCAGGUCCCUGAUCUGAUGAAACUGACCCUCUCUUACUUGGCUUCAUGGUCCCAAGGAGAGGACAGAAGGACCUGUGUGAUGUGGCCACUGUACAGCAUCAGUGAAUGCAAAUCACUCAGGUCUGCAGGAUGUUAAUCUCACCGAUCCUACGAGACGGGCAGACUAAUGUAUAUUUAUUUAUUUAUUUUAAUUUGUAAAACACUAUGAAUUAUUUUUUUGUUUUGACACCUGAGAUAGAAAAUUCAAUCGUUAAAAAAUAUUUCAAACUAUCAAAGUUUCCACCUCAGCAUGUGUUUGACGUUUGUGUGAAAAUGAAAUUAAACAUAAAUUAGCUACAACAACAAAAAAACUGAAACUAAAUGUACUCCUGUUUGCGUCCUUAUUUGUGACAAAUUAUACCAUUUCUGACAGGUUUCCUUUUUUUUUGUCUUUAAUAACCACAUUACUUUAAGUUGACUCAUAUGCGUUUGUCUUCAUCAUCAUAGCACAUCUUUGGGGUGCCUUGCAAUUUAAAUAUCUGUCAAAGACUGAUCCAUACUUUGUGAUGGGUAGAGUGAGCUGCUUCCAAUAAAGAAACAGUACUUUCA